AUCUUAUUUGCCGCGCAACGUUUUAAAUGUCAGCGCCAGUGUUAAAAGCUUCAUUUAUUUUCACACAGUCUGGCAACUCUCAGAGUGCUAUCCACUAAAGUGAUUUGGCGCCCAACUUUUAAAACCCGCCAGUCUGACAACACUUCAAUCCAGCGUUACCACUUAGUACUUGUUGCUUUGCAUCGAGUUGGCAGCGCUUUUAUUUAUAUAAACAAGAAGCAGACAAAACGCUUAUAAAACAAUUUCAGUCAUUGCCAAAACCGCCGUUAAAAAAAUCGUGCAAAUGUCCAAGCACACAUUAAUAGGUGGUGGCACUGGCUUCAUUGGCAGUCAUCUAUCCAAACAUCUUGCGAAAAAUGGCUAUGAAGUAACUGUAAUUUCCCGUAUGCCCGGACCAAAGCGCAUCACCUGGCACGAAUUGGAAAAGCAGGGCAUACCAAAUAGCGUGGACUCUGUCGUUAAUGCCACCGGUCAGAACGUACUGGAUCCGUCCAGGCGCUGGACGCCUGGCUUUCAGCAAAAUGUAUGGAAUUCGCGUGUGAAUUCAUCGAAGACUCUUAGUCAGGCGAUACAAGCAGCGCCAAAGGUGAAAUCGUUUGUGAACUUAUGUGGCGUCAGCCUCUACCCACCGUCGGCCACCAAGACGUACACAGAGGACGAUCAGGGCGAGAAUUACGACUACAUGUCGAGCCUCUGUCUGGCCUGGGAGGAAGCAGCGCGCUCUGGUGAUACGAAGGAUAAGCCCUGCAAGUGUAGCAUUGUACGCACUGGCGCGGUCGUGGGACGCAAUGGCGGCAUGAUUCAGUCCAUUUGGCUGCCCUUCAAACUGGGUCUUGGUGGGCCAAUGGGCGCCGGGAAUCAGAUAAUGCCCUGGAUACAUCUGCACGAUCUGUGCGGUCUCAUCCAGCAUCUGAUCGAGAAUUCUGAAUCGGGUGUCUUCAACGGUGUUGCACCGGAAAUUGUUAGCAACAAGGGCUUCUCACAGGCAUUUGCCAGCGCACUGAAUCGUCCCUGCCUGUUUGCUGUGCCCGAAUUUGUGGUUCAUGCCAUCUUUGGCAAGGAGCGUGCGGCGCUACUCCUGACUGGCGCCAAGAUACAACCUAAGCGUACGCUCGCCUCUGGCUAUCAAUUCAAAUAUCCGGAUGUUAAGUCUGCCCUAGCCGAAGUCGUCGGCAAAUAGAGAGCCAAAGAAGCGGCAGCAAUUGUGUUAAAUGCUUAAUAUUGGCGCAUUGUUAAACUAUUUAUUAUUUAGAAUGAUCUUAAUUUGUAUUAUAUAUAUCAAUUAAAUUAGAGCUUGUACGAGGAAAUGUUUAUAUUUGUA